GCCAGGGCGCAGGUGAAACCGACUCCGACCUAACCCGGGGACGGUUCGCUGCCGGGGCGCACGGCCGGCCCCGCAGCCGCCCUCUCCCACCCGGGCCGCGUGCGGGGACUCCGCCGGGGGGGCUUCUCCCCCGGAGAUCCGCGGCCCUUUGGCGCGCUCGGGGCUGCCAGCCGCGCCGGCGUCUGCGGCCGAUGGAGGCGGUGGCGCCGCCCCGAGUGCAGGUGACACUCGACAGGCCGAGGUUUCGGCUGGCGUGGGGAGAGCUCGGGGAGGGAGAGAGACGGACACUCGGGGGCCUGGGGGCGGCCGGGCAGCGAUGGCCCGGGAGCUGAGCCAGGAGGCCCUCCUGGACUUCCUGUGCCAGGCCGGGGGCCGAGUGGCCAACGCCGCCUUGCUGAGCCACUUCAAGGGCUUCCUCCGCGACCCGGACGCGUCCCCCAGCCAGCACCAGCGCCGCCGCGAGCUCUUCAAGGGCUUCGUCAACUCGGUCGCCGCAGUGCGCCAGGACCCCGACGGCACCAAGUACGUGGUGCUCAAGAAGAGGUACCGGGACCUUCUGGGGGAGGAGGGGCUGCAGCGACCCCGAGACCCGCCCGCGGCCGCCGCCCCUGCAGGGGGAGCUGCGCCCCGCUCCCCGCCCAGCGCGCGCCCGGGGGAGGCGCCGCGGCAGCCGAGGCGGCGGCGGCGGCGGCGGCCGGGGAAGGAGCAGCAGGAGGAGGAGGAGCCAGCAGGUGCCGCAGCCCCGGCAGCUGGUCCAGGUGGCCAUGGACUCUCCGCCGGCGGCGCCCGGGAGGCGGCCCGGGGAGGCGGCGGCCGAAGACGCGGCUCCGACCUCAGGGCGCCGGUGCCCGCGGCCGCGGCGGCAGCCGCCCAGGUCGGAGCGAGAUGCGCGGCGGCGGAGACGCAGGGCCGCUGCUGCUGGGAAUGUCUCCAGAACGGCCUGGGGGCACUCCCGGGCGAGCCGCGGGCCGGGGCACUCCCCGACCCCGCCACCGCCGGGGAGGAGCCGGCGCGGGCUCCCGCUGCCCCCGAGGACCGCAGGGCUCCCGGCCCGGAGCAGGGAGGCGCGCCCGCUGAGCCCGCGCCGGGGACCGCAGCGCCCCUCUCGCCUCCUCCAACCGUCGAGGCUGCUGGGAGCGCGGCUUCCCCGCCUGCCCUCCUGUCCCGCCCUCCUCCUCCCGGAGACCCGCCGGCGCUGAUGACCCCGGGCGACCUGCAUCUCUCCAGGCAACAGCUGCAGCAGCAGCAGCGCACUCGGGAGUGGGUGGCCAGACAUCCCCACACGCCCGAGGCCCGGGUCCAGGGCCCCACCAGAGCCUGGUCAGUGCUGCCAGAGAACUUCCCCUUGGAGCUGGGCUUCGGGGUCCCAGAACCUCAAUCAGCGCCUUUAGACCCUCCGGUUUCCCCUCCUCCUCUCUUCCCGGCUGCCCCGGAAUCCUGCCCCGGGAACCCCCCACUGGCGGUCUUUCGCAGCAUCCGUUCCCAGCUGUCCCUCCAAGAACUGGAUGACUUUGUGGACCAGAACAGUCACAGCAGCGAGGAGAGCAGCAGUGGGCCCAAAGAGUCCCCGGGGGGUUCCGAAGAGGGGCUGCCCGGCGCCCUAGGAACCCCAGAUUGGAGAGAGCUCGGGAAUUCAGCGGGCGGCCCUUCUCUAAAGGAGGGCGGCUGCAGUGGGAGCCCUCAAGGCCUCAGAGGGGAUGGGCACGCCUCUCAGCAGGUUCCAGCUGGGGCCAAUGGUCUGGCCCGCCAGCCCCCGGAGCCUUUGCCCUGGCCGGCUCCCAGGUUAAGGAGAUCCUUCAGGAUGAGCUCUCGGGCGGGGAGAGCCAAACUGUCCUCCUCCGAUGAGGAGUGUCUUGAGGAGGACCUGCUGAGAAGGAGUCGGCGCCCACCACGGCCCAGGAAACCCUCCAAGGCGGGAGCGGCGUCCAGCCCCAGGCUGGAUGCCGCCUUGACACCACACCCUGCUGAUCUGAAGGCUGCUGUUGCUGCGAGGGGGCGGCUACAGAGCCUGUGGGCCCCAGGGAGGCAGGCGCCCGCAGCCUUGGUCCCGCACAGACCUGAGCACAAGCCGUCUCUGGUGCCCCUGGAUGCCAGGGAGCAUGAAUGGAUGGUGAAGCUUGCCACGGGCUCUUGGAUUCACGUGUUGACUUUGCUUUGGGAGGAUCCUCAGCUGGCUUUGCACAAGGACUUCUUGACCGGGUACACGGCUUUGCACUGGAUCGCCAAGCACGGUGACCUCCGGGCCCUGCAGGACUUCGUGGGCAGUGCCCAGAAGGCAGGGGUUGCUCUUGAUGUGAAUGUGAAGUCCAGUGGUGGGUAUACCCCGCUGCACCUGGCCGCCAUCCACGGCCACCAGGGGGUCAUGAAACUGCUGGUGCAAAGGCUGGCGUCUCGGGUGAACGUCCGGGACAGCAGCGGGAAGAAGCCGUGGCAGUACCUGACCAGCAAUACCUCUGGGGAAAUAUGGCAGCUCCUGGGAGCCCCUCGGGGCAAGCCUAUUUUUCCUGUCUAUCCCUUGGUCCGAAGCUCUUCCCCCACCCGGAAGGCCAAGAGCCGAGACAUAUCUAGACACAUCACCCGAAAGACUUCCCUUGCUGCACUCCUCAAAAGUCAGCACAACAAAUGGAAAUUGGCCAACCAGUAUGAGAAAUUCCCCACUCCCAAGGAAAGAGGAGAGUACAGUGACUGAGGUGGGCCCCUCUCUCCAACACACAGCCACGUUCAUCCUCGAGUGAAAGAAUUCAGGGGGAACAGAAGAAUUGCUGAGGAGUUGGUAAAGAGAGAGACCACGUGAGAUGGCCUACCCAGUAUUUACCUGCCUGGAUGUUUGGUCAGCACAUCGUGGAUCUCAGGGAUUAUUCAGGCUUCCGACAGCUCGCGUCCUUGGGCCAGUGAGACCUCUACAAGGGGCAGAGCCAGGUGCUUAAAAGCAGCAGGUGUCUUCCUCUUCCUCGGAUCUGAGCACAGUAAGCCACAUUGUUCUCCGUAGCAGCAGUUACCAGGCCUUGGCUAGAGAGGGAACAGCUGUCUAACAAGAAGGAAGGCACUUCCAGGAAUUGACAAAGCUCAGACAAAACCCUCUCUGGCUGUCAGUUCUCUGGCUUCUGUUCAUUUGGAGAAUAAUUUGGCGGAGGGUGGAAAGCUCCAGAUUUGAAAUCAGAUGGCCCCUCUUUUCUUUUCUUAUUCUUUUUUGAAAACCUUUUUCUUUAUUCAUUCCUUUUCUCCUCCCUCCCUUCUUCCCUCCUCCCUUCUUCCCUUCCCCACUCCCUCCCUCCGUAACUGCUUUCCUCCCUCCUCCUUUUCCCAUUCAAAUCAGUGAAAUAAACUUAUUACCAGAGAGUAGAAUUUGAUUUAAGGGAUUCCUCAGCUCUGUCCUGGUUUGCCUUUGGAAGCUAAUGCAUGAAAUGAUUAGUGCCUCCUUUGGGUUUCUUCUCCACGAUCAGAGAAGUUGUUGGGUAAGAUCCAGUUAUGACUGAUAUCCAGGCCCUGUUUUUUUUGUUUGUACGUGUAAAUCAACCUAAGGGGAAACUUUCCCAAUGUAAACACUGGUGGCUCAUGUGCCUCGUGACUGAAACCAGCUUUCACGGAAGCUGCCUAUGGUACAGACAGCAGAAUUAGCAUUAGCAGUUUUCAGUAGGUUUGAAUGGCCAGUGUUCACACUCACGAAAGGAGAAAAAUUAUUUCGCUUUGGGGAAACAGUGAGGGUUAAGAGGUAAACGCCUUCCCACCAGGAAUUUUCAACGCUGCUAAAUAUAAUUUUAUUUGCACUGAACUUGUUGCCAAUUAAGAUUAAAUAUUAGCCUGAAGUGCUGUCUCUAACAGGAAGCGCUCCUUUUAAUGACUUGUGACAGGACUGAUCUUUGUGGAUCCAUGAAAUGAGAACAUCAGAAUAUAAAUUCAAAGAGGGUUGAAAAAUGAAAUGUCUAAGUGGAAAUUGUUAAUUUUUUUAUGGAAAUGUUUUCAUGUGCUGUGGAAAUGAUGCUGUAUUUUAAAAAAGUAUUUUUGUAUUCUGGUUAUCUUCCCCCCCCCCCAUUAAAAUUAAAAUGUUAACAAAU